CCACCGCCACCGCCACCGCCACCGCCACCGCCACCACCGCCGCCACCUCCAAUCAAAGAUCGUAUUUGCAUGGCAGCUGGGUUGUUCAGCCACAGAGUCAGCGACCUCUGCCUCGGCAAGCCCGCUCUGAGGUCGCUCUCCGUCGCCGCCACGGUCGGCGAUGCCCUGUUCGCCCUGAGGAGCUCCGAGGACAGCUUCCUCAGCGUCUGGAGCUGCGACCACCGGUCCAACACGGCGGUGGCGCCGCAUGAGGAAGGGGAGGGAGGAGGAGAGUGCCGCUGCGUGGGGAAGCUGUGCAUGGUGGACGUCAUUUGCUAUCUCUCCAGCGAAGACGGCCUCUCGUCUCCUUCGGAGGCAUUGAAAGCGCCCGUCUCUGCGCUUCUGCCGAAGAUCCCUGGUCAAGUCGUGCAUGUUGAGCCUUCUUCAAGAUUGGUGGAAGCAAUAGAUCUCAUUCUGCAAGGAGCUCAAAACCUUGUGGUACCAAUUCAAACUAGGUCCGCAAGAAGAAAACAGCACCAAAAACUAUCUUCCUCAACAAGUCCUGUCACAGUUCACAAAGGGCAAGAAUUCUGCUGGCUAACCCAAGAAGAUGUGAUCAGGUUCCUCCUCAACUCCAUCGGCAUAUUCUCUCCGAUCCCCGCGCUAACCAUCGACACUCUCCGCCUUAUAAGCACCGAAGUCCUUGCGGUUGAUUACCAUUCCCCUGCUUCGGCAGCGCUCGAGGCCAUCUCUCGCUCGCACAUCGAGCAGACCUCGGUAGCCGUAGUGGACGGGGAAGGGAUCUUGAUCGGCGAGAUCUCGCCUUCUACGCUCGCUUGCUGCGACGAGACCGUCGCAGCCGCCGUGGCGACGCUCUCCUGCGGCGACCUAAUGGCCUACAUCGACUGCGGCGGCCCGCCGGAAGAUCUCGUCCGGGUGGUGAAAGAGAGAUUAAAGGAGAGGAAUUGCAAAGGAAUGUUGGAAGAAUUCGCGAUAUCCUCAGCGCCAAGUAAUUCGUCGUCUAUGUCGUCCUCAUCGGACGAUGAGAGCUUUCCGUCCCCGAACGCUAAAUUGGCAAGAUCAGGGAAGUAUAGCAGGUCUCACAGCUACUCAGCUAGGAUGGUGAGGAGGUCAGAGGCAAUAGUUUGUCACCCCAAGAGUUCAUUGAUGGCCGUGAUGAUUCAAGCCAUUGCACACCGUGUGAAUUAUGUGUGGGUCAUUGAGGAUGAUUGUAGCUUGGUGGGAAUUGUCACAUUCUCUAGCAUGUUGGAAGUUUUCAGGGAACAUUUAGAGAAUUUGCAGUAGUGUCUUUCUCUGUUUUCGUUUAUUUUUUUCCCUUUUAAUUUUGGCUUGUUCUGGUUGUCAUUUUCCGGGUCAGAAUGCUGAACAUGUGAGAUAGGAGGAUGGGAAGAGAAAAAACUGCAAAAAAAACUAAGCAAGUGGUGUUCAUAUUGUGCUUUGAGCUUUCUGUGCUUUUCUUUGUUUAAUCAAGAUCAUGAGGAGGGUCUCUGGCUCAAUGAUUUGAUUACGUUGCUUUCCCUUUUCUGAGGAAAACCUAUUAAGCUUUUGGUCACGUGAUAAUGAAUUUUGGGGUAUCUUUCUUGUGUA